AUGGCGGGACAGCAGGAGGAGUACGAUCUCGGGCUCUCACUUGGUGGACUGUACAAGCGAAACUCCGCUGGGGCCCACAGGGCACGCGCUGUGUCGGAGGAGAAUGCGGUGGCGGUGGCGGCGGCGCCGAGGGCCGGCAGGGCGGCUUCUCUGCCGACGGAAAGAGAGAUGGAGUUGAUGAGGGAGGGGCUGACUGAAGUUCAAGCUCUUAGCAGGGUGAUGGCUGCAAGCUUGAAGCUGACUAUUCAGAAGGAGAGGACUAACGGAGCGCCGGCGGUGGCGGCCUGGCUGCCUGGACUGGUUUCUGCAGGAGGAUCAGGACGCCUGGCUGCAACAAGCAGCACAGUCAGUGGUGAGCUUAUGUCUACAGACGGGAGCUCCAACCGGCCUGCAGUGACCAGCUCAAUGAUAGCUAAAGAGAAUGCUGAUGACCCUCAACAAGAUCCACCAAGGAGGGAUAGACUCUAUAAUCGCAAUGUUGCAAGGCCGAUUAGGCGCUAUAGGAGGAACACCAUUAUGCCUCAUGUGAAAACCAUUAGUGCUGAUGGGAAGAGGGUCGAGGGCUAUUUGUACAAGUAUCUUACAGGAAAAGUGAGAAUCGUAUGUCUUUGCCAUGGCCUUUUCCAGUCUCCAGCAGAGUUUGUCAACCACGCCGGAGGCAAUGUGGCCGGAAACCCCUUGAAGCAAAUCACUGUUUCCAUUUGA